AUGGCAAUGCCCCCCUCUCUUCCGGUUGGCAAAUAUGUUCGCAGCCCGGACAGUGCCAGCCGCAGCCCUUGCCCAGUAGUCAACGCGCUCUCCAACCACGGCUACAUCGAGCGCGACGGCAAGAACAUCUACAUGUCCGAUCUGACGGCGGCGAUGCGACAAGUGGGAAUGAGUCCUUUGCUCGGCUCCAUUUUCGCUGUCCCGACCUACUUUGAGUACCACAACCCGGAAAAGGCCCACCUCCAACCUCCUGUCAGCGCGUUGAAGAGGUUCUUGGGCCUCCUCAAGAAUCCUUACUCCUAUUUCUCUUACUUUGGCUGCUGGAAUCCGCAGCAGUACGACGAAAAAGGCAAAAAAUAUCUCAACCUGGAGAAUCUCGCCUCCCAUGGGGCGAUUGAGCACGACAUUUCUCUCUCACGUCGCGACUUCGCUCAAGAUCAGGGAAACAACAAGCCGCAGAAGGACCUGAUCCAGGACAUGCUCAAGUGCUCCCAGGACGGUGAGACCCUUACCAUCAAGGACCUAGCCGGUUUCAUCAAGAUAAGGAUCAAGCAACAGCUCAUCGAUAAUCCGGAGCUCGUGUACGGCCCUGCUCAGCAUCAGGUCAACUGUGGCCAGAUUGCACUCAUGAUGGGAUGCUUUGGUGACGGCCAGACUAUCCCUUUGAAGUAUGUUCGGGCCAUCUUUGAGGAGGAAAGGCUGCCCGUUAAGGAGGGCUGGACUAAGCGGACAUGGUGGUCCAUGGGCUUAAUCGAGUUCUUCCGGUCGGUGAACAAUCUCGUAAAAAAGGUCAAUGUCACAAUCUAG